AUGGGGGCACGCGUUGCACGGUUGUUUAGGAAUUUUAACUUAGAAAACCGAGUACAUCGUGAGAUUGGGAAGGCAAAACCUGAAGCGGCACCUCGACAUCUGACCCACAUUGAUCCUGUUCAGAGUACAGAGGGUGAGUAACGUUACAUAGGGCUUUUUGUUAUUGCAUUGAAGAACUUGUGUAAGUCUGAGGGUCAACUCAGCCGGUAACUACGCCAGCCAGGAUGUUAGUAAGUAUACCAAAGCUUGCUUUCCUGGCUAGUGUUUCUUAACGUUACAGCUUAGUAGCUAUUUGAAACCAAGGUUUAAGUGUACGUAUUGUGGUUUUCCAAUUCUGUAGCAAGCACAAGCUAAGAUGCUUAACUAGCUAGCAGCAAAGAUGGCAAAUGACCCAUUCAACACUAGGGUUCACCCUCUGCUUAUAACGUUAUGCUCUGCUGCCAGUACAUACCAGUCUGUAUCACAGUCACACUUAUUUAAUAUGUUGUUCUUUGUCCCCUGAGGCCUAAACGAUUUUGUUUCCUUCAGUUGCUGAGAUCAAUGAUGCCAUCCACAAGAGAAACGACCCCCUCCUGGGGUUGCUGAAGUCGGUUUAUGUGGAAUCAAAGGAUCCUACAGAGGUGAGAGCCUAAAAUAAUGACUAUUCAAUUGACAUUUAGUGAGUGAUUUGAUAGCUAGACAUAUAGAUAUGUGCUUGAUUAGCACCCUACUCUGUUUCAAUACAAACAGGCUCCAAAGGAGGUGACUGAGGAGAAUGUGGAGGAGCGCAGACCACUGAAGUUCAGCCUACCUGGGGACCCCUAUGGGAUUGUGGAGAUCACCGAUGUCCCCAAAGGCAAACUGUCUAUUGUUGAGGCCCUAAAAGCUCUUAACAAUCACAAGAAUGCUCCCCAAACAUGGACAUUGGAGAAUGUCGCCCAGGAGUACUCUCUUGACUUGAAAGACACUAAAGCACUUCUAGAGCAUUUCAUCCCCUUCGAGGUUAAGAUCAUACCCCCCAAGACAAAGGACGAUGCAAAGCAGAUCAAAGAUACCUAG